CGCGCCCGGGUGACAGGCCGCGCCGCCUGCAGCCGCGGGCGGCGCCGGGACUUGGGGUCUCUUCCCUUGCCCCCUCAGUCCGUGACCCGGAAGCGCUGCUUUCGUCGCGUCUCGCGCGGCGUCAGUGCACAGCAAGAGAGAGGCGGGAGCGCCGUGAAGGCGGAGCGGUCGCUGAGGAGGAGGGGGGCGGAGACUCCGGGCGUGCAGGCGGGCGAUGGCGCCCCCCGCGGCCUAGAGGUCCCGCGCCCGGGCGAGCUGAGCCCGAGCUCCUCCCGCGGCGUCCGCCAGCGUACCGGCUGCAGUAAACAUGCAGGUGCCGCUGGCCAGGCUGGCCUGCCCGGCAUACCAGUGCUUUCAUGCCUUACAAAUUAAGAAAAAUUAUCCACCUCUGUGUGCUGCAAGAUGGUCUUCAACUUCUGUGGUACCUCGAAUCACUACCCACUAUACUGUUCAUCCCCGGGAUAAGGACAAGCGAUGGGAAGGGGUGAACAUGGAGCGGUUUGCAGACGAGGCAGACGUGGUCGUCGUGGGUGCCGGCCCUGCGGGGCUCUCCGCAGCCGCUCGGCUCAAGCAGCUGGCGGCCCAGCACAAGAAGGACAUCCGCGUGUGUCUGGUGGAGAAAGCUGCUCAGAUAGGCGCGCACACACUCUCGGGGGCUUGCCUGGACCCACGAGCUUUCCAAGAGCUGUUCCCAGACUGGAAGGAGAAGGGAGCUCCACUUAACACUCCUGUAACAGAAGAUAGAUUUGGAAUUUUGACAGAGAAAUAUAGAAUUCCUGUGCCAAUUCUCCCAGGUCUCCCAAUGAACAAUCACGGCAAUUACAUCGUGCGCCUGGGACACCUGGUGAGCUGGAUGGGCGAGCAGGCGGAAGCCCUGGGCGUGGAAGUGUACCCCGGCUACGCGGCUGCGGAGGUCCUUUUUCAUGAAGACGGUAGCGUGAAAGGAAUUGCCACCAACGACGUAGGGAUACAGAAGGAUGGUGCACCCAAGACAACUUUCGAGCGGGGGCUGGAACUACAUGCCAAGGUCACAAUUUUUGCAGAGGGCUGCCACGGACACCUGGCCAAGCAGCUGUACAGGAGGUUCGACUUGAGGGCCAGCUGCGAGCCCCAGACGUACGGGAUCGGCCUCAAGGAGUUAUGGAUUAUCGAUGAGAAGAAGUGGAAACCCGGGAGAGUCGAUCACACUGUCGGCUGGCCCCUGGACAGACACACGUAUGGGGGCUCUUUCCUCUAUCACCUGAAUGAAGGGGAGCCCCUCGUAGCGCUCGGCUUCGUGGUUGGUCUAGACUAUCAAAAUCCAUACCUAAGUCCAUUUAGAGAGUUCCAGAGGUGGAAACACCACCCCAGCAUCCAGCCGACGUUGGAAGGUGGGAAAAGGAUUGCAUACGGAGCCAGAGCCCUCAAUGAAGGUGGCUUUCAGUCUAUACCAAAACUCACCUUUCCUGGGGGCUUACUAAUUGGUUGUAGCCCUGGUUUCAUGAAUGUUCCCAAGAUCAAAGGGACCCACACAGCAAUGAAAAGUGGGAUUUUGGCAGCAGAAUCUGUCUUCAGUCAACUAACGAGUGAGAAUCUGCAAUCAAAGACGACAGGACUUGAUGUAACUGAGUAUGAAGACAAUUUGAAGAAAUCAUGGGUGUGGAAAGAGCUAUAUGCCAUCAGGAACGUCAGACCGUCCUGCCAUGGCAUCCUGGGUGUGUACGGAGGGAUGAUUUACACUGGAAUCUUCUACUGGAUAUUCAGAGGGAUGGAGCCCUGGACCCUAAAACAUAAAGGUUCUGACUCCGAUCAGCUCAAGCCAGCCAAGGACUGCACACCUAUUGAGUAUCCAAAACCAGAUGGGCAGAUCAGUUUUGACCUUCUGUCAUCCGUGGCUCUGAGUGGCACCAACCACGAACACGACCAGCCAGCACAUCUGACCUUGAAAGAUGACAGUGUACCUGUAAACAGAAACCUGACCAUAUACGACGGGCCCGAGCAGCGGUUCUGCCCUGCAGGAGUUUAUGAAUUUGUACCCUUGGAACAAGGUGAUGGAUUUCGGCUACAGAUAAAUGCUCAGAACUGUGUGCACUGUAAAACAUGUGAUAUUAAGGAUCCAAGUCAGAAUAUUAACUGGGUGGUGCCCGAAGGCGGUGGAGGCCCAGCAUACAACGGAAUGUAAACUGCAGCCGACUUCACCCGCGCCAGUCUCCCUAAAACGGACGGCAAGUUAACUUCAAAUGUUUGGAAGUUCACAGGUGUCAAAAAAGCUUAAAUAUAUUUUUGAUCAGAAUGUUCAUAAAAUAAUUAUCAGUGAAAUAAUUUUAUACUGUACCUAAAACUGUCCCAUAAAAAAUUAUGAACCUCUCUCUUAAAUAAAACGUUAUAAGUGA